GGAGGAGGAAGGCGAGGGUGAGGCGGGACGGUCAGGGAGACGGAGAGGCCCGGAGCCAAUCCGGGGAGGGGGAGGCGGGGCCGGGGCCGAGGUGAGCUCCGGGCCAAGGACCGGCCGGUGGGGCAGGGAAGGAAGGCAAAGGGCGGGAGGCCGGUGGCGGUGGAGGGACCGGGGGAGGGAGGAGGGAUGGGCCCCUGAGUGGGGCUGGGGGCGGGACGGGGUCGGGGCCGCCCUCGUCCACACGUCCCGGCGGUGCAGCCCAGGCCCAUGGCCCAGUCCCAAGCUGGACCCGAAGCUCCGCAGAUCCCAAGGCCGGAGUCGUGAUCCUGCCCCGGGCCUGCCCCCGCCACCCCACGCUCCGUCCUCACGGCCAGAGCGGGGCCGGGCCGCAGCCCAGGACCGGGAGCCCGUGGCGGGGACUUUGACCCCCCGGUCCUGGCCGAAGACACCAUCGCCGGGGCGUGUGAACGCCCGGGUCUCCUCGCCGGGGCGGGCCCGGAGGCCACCAGAAGACCAAGGCUGCGGACAAAGAGAAGGACCCGUCGAGGGGCCAGCGCGGGGACGGACGACCGAGCCCCAGAAGCAGGCCCAGAAGAGGAGAGCGCGGAGCCGAGCCUGAACCGAAGAGCCUCCCGGGGCCGGAGUAGGCCCGGAGGAUUCUGGGGGCAGAGGCCAAGGACGCCGAGGAGGACGUGCGCGGCGGGGAAGGGGGCCCCCCGGGGCCACCGGCUGGGCCCGGGAACCCCCGACCCAACCCAGCCCGCCCCCGCUCCCCGUCGCCGCCCAGCAUGUCCCCCGACGGCGCCCGGGCCGGAGAGGAGACCCUUCUCCACGGGGAGUUCGGGGCGCACCCGGCCCGGGGGACCCGCUACGCCCUGACCCUGACCCUGUCCGCCCUGCACAUCCAGCGCCUGGUGCCCCGGCCCGACGCGGAGCAGCGCACGGUGGUGCCCAUGGGGGAGGUGUCCGGCUGCCACACGCUGCGGAGCCUGGCCCCAGGAGAGCCCGCCGCCUUCUUCGCCGUUUACGCCUACCCACGCCGGCGGCGGGGCGGGCGGCGGCGGGCGGCCCGGACCUUCCGGGUGGACGGGGACGGCACCUACGAGGAGAACCAGGCCGUGGCGGAACGCUGGGCCACCGUCAUCAAGUGCCUGGUGCGGGGCGUGGCCCUGGGCGGGAACACGGUGAUCACUCCGGAGCUCCUCCCCAGGCCCCGGCGGCUGCUUCUUCUGGUGAAUCCUUUCGGCGGGCGGGGCCAGGCUUGGCAGUGGUGUCAGAACCACGUGCUGCCCAUGAUCUCAGAAGCUGACCUCUCCUUCAACCUCAUCCAGACCGAACGGCAGAACCAUGCCCGGGAGCUGGUCCGGGGACUGAAUCUGGCCGAGUGGGAUGGGAUCGUGACGCUGUCCGGAGACGGGCUGCUGUAUGAAGUCGUGAAUGGGCUCAUGGAACGGCCCGAUUGGGCCAAGGCCAUCAAGACGCCUGUCGGGAUCCUCCCCUGCGGCUCUGGGAACGCGUUGGCGGGAGCCGUGAACCAGCACGGGGGCUUUGAGCCAGCCCUCGGCCUGGACCUCCUGCUCAACUGUUCGCUGCUGCUGUGCCGUGGGGCCAGGGCCCCCUUGGACCUUCUGUCGGUCACGCUGGCCUCGGGCACCCGCAUCUUCUCUUUCCUGUCGGUGGCCUGGGGCUUCGUCUCAGAUGUGGACGUGGAGAGCGAGCGCUUCCGCCCCCUGGGCCCCGCCCGCUUCACCCUGGGCACCGCCCUCCGCCUGGCCUCCCUCCACACCUACCGCGGCCGCCUCUCCUACCUCCCCGCGGCCCAGCCGCUGCCCGGUGCCCCCCACCGGCCACUGGCCCGGAGCGCCACGGCCAUGCCGCCCCCGGUCCCGCCACACGGGUCGCCCCUGCACCGGGCCGUCUCCGACAUGGCGCUGGCCGAGGAGCGGGGCCUGCACGCCCCCGCCGCCCGCUCCCCGGCCCCCUCGCCCUCGCCCCCGCCCUCGCCCUUCUCCCCAUCCCGGGACCUGGACCUGACCGCCGACCCUCCCCAGCCCAGGGCCGACCCCGCCCCACCCUCCUCGCCCGCCCCCGAGGGUCCUGCUGACGACCUGCUGCCCCCCUUGGGCGAGCCCCUGCCCCCGGAGUGGGUCACGCUGGAGGGGGACUUUGUCCUCCUGCUGGCCAUCUCCCCCAGCCACCUCGGGGCCGACCUGGUGGCCGCCCCCUUCGCCCACUUCGGGGAUGGCGUGGUGCACCUGUGCUGGGUCCGGGCGGGGGUCUCACGGGCAGCGCUGCUGCGCCUCUUCCUGGCCAUGGAGCGGGGCACCCACUUCGGGCUGGGCUGCCCGCAGCUGGCCUACGCCGCGGCCCGCGCCUUCCGCCUGGAGCCCUUGACCCGGCGCGGGAUCCUGACCGUGGAUGGGGAGCGGGUGGAGUACGGGCCCCUCCAGGCCCAGGUCCACGGCGGGCUGGGCUGCCUCCUCACCGGCAACCCCCCCUGUGGGUCCUGACCCCAGCGGGGAGCGGGAAGGCCCGACCGUCAUCCCACCGCGCUGACCCGAGGAGGCCUGGGGUGGAGCUCAGGACCCCCAGGGCAGGUCAGGGGAAGCCUGCUCGCUGGGGGCAGGAACAGGAAGAGCCUAGAACCCCAGUGGGGCGCUGGGGAAGAGAGGAGGUCGACUCCGCUGCCGGGUCCUGGGAGGGGCCGGAGCCUAGGACCCGCAGCGGGUUGGGUCCCGGGCCGGAAGAGCGGGGAAACCACCCUGAGCCGGGGACGCCACCAGGUGGGUCGGGCGGUGGGGUUCUCCCUCGCCAUUUAAAGGGACCAGCCUAUUGGAUGGCAGCUUGGGGGAAGGAGUGGAGCUUAACAGCAAGACAGCUGCUGGGCCCUGCCUCCCCCCCCCCCACCAUGUGCUUUGUCCCCCCCCUUUUCAUUUGCACUACUUCCCCCUCCCCCCCAC